AUGACCACCAUACGACUAUGCACUACAAGUUUUGUACUCUCGCUUCUGUUGCUGGGUGAUUUUGUUAGUGGAUUACGACGUUACAACUUCACCAUCACUAGCCAAUGGAGUGCUGCCGACGGCCAUGGACGACCCGUCUUUGCCAUCAAUGGCCAGACUCCUGGUCCCUUGAUUACAGCCACCGAGGGAGAGGAAGUUGAGGUAUUCUUGAACAACCAGCUCGCCACUGAGACUACUAUGCAUUGGCAUGGAAUCUAUCAAGUGGACAGACCUUGGAACGAUGGUGUCCCUGGAGUAACACAGUACUCAAUCCAACCACGCGAUAACUACACAUACCGGUUUACUGUGCAGCAGCAAUACGGAAGCUACUUCUAUCACGGACAUUUCGGUCCUGCAUUUGCUGACGGGCAACGCGGUCCCAUCUGGAUAGAACCCGCUGCUUGGCGGCCAAGACCAUACAAGGCUAUUUCAUCAUCACCGCAAGACCUCAAGGCAAUGCAGCGUGCAGAAGUGAACCCUCGACAUAUUGUCAUAAGCGACUGGAAUGCUGAGCCGAUGGAUAUACUUCUUAUCAUGUAUCGAGACACGGGUAUUGUCCCCUGGUGCAGUAACUCCAUCGUCAUGAAUGGAAAAGGGAGGACGUAUUGCCACUCUAAAGAACUAAUUGAAGAGACAGGGGGAUCUGGUAGAAACUCACUUGGAUGCAAGGUCCAGCCCAAGCAAGGACUGUAUGCCAAUGCUCAAGUUUGUGAACCAACAAACGGAGAGCUUGAAGUUGUCGCCGCGGCGGAUGGAGAAGAAUGGAUAUGGAUCAACUUUAUCCAUUCUGGAGCACACCAUGAGUUACAAAUCAGCGUUGAUGAACAUGAAUUCUAUGUAGUGGCAGCAGAUGGAGAAUUUGUCCAUCCCCAAAAGGUGCAUGCCGCUAACUGCAACCUUGGAGAACGUCUAAGCAUUCUAGUACACCUGAAUAAGAGUCCAGGAGACUACGCAAUCCGUUUGACGUCCCUUCGAACGGAACAGGUCAUCCAGGGACUUGGUAUUCUUCGUUAUCCCUCUAAAACAAACAACAAAAUCACGAAAGUUCCUACUUCGAAACCAUGGGUACAUCUAAACGGCACUCUGAUAUCAACAUCUUCAACAUCUAUGGAUGAGAUGAAACUGGCUCCUUUCCCUGCGAGACCUCCACCGUGGACCUCUGACCAAACAGUAAAGCUCUUUAUCAACAUGACUGGACCUUCAGCUUGGUCUUUGGGUCUGGGUUCUCAUCAAGCAUUCCGUCAACAAUUGCCGCCUGUUCUAUGGGAAGAAAACUCCAGAGGUGGUACGACACUGGGUGUCCAGAACGUACUCAGGAAUGGAUCUGUUGUUGACAUCAUCUUCGAAAAUGGAGCCAAUGUUACGAGUCAGCACCCCUUCCACAAGCAUAAUCACAAGGCGUGGAUUAUCGGAACUGGACAUGGUGGAUUUCCUUGGGAGACAGUUCAAGAAGCCAUUGAUGCAGGUGCUGCGGACUACUUCAACUUCAAUGACCCUCCCAUUCGUGAUGGAUGCCGGCUUGGGAAUGCCACCGGAGACUGGACUGUCAUUCGCUAUGAAAUCACGUUUCCUGCUGCGAGCAUGUUGCAUUGCCACAUGAUUCAUCAUUUUGGGGCUGGACAACAGAUAGUUCUUCUUGAAGGAGUCGAAGCUAUGGCUCAGGUACCAAACGAGGUAAAACAAAAGGUUCACGCAGACUUUGUGCCAAACCUUCGUUAUGGUCCUUUGGAUUGA